AUGCAGCACGCGACGCGCAAGUCGACCGUGCCGGCCUUCUUCCUCAACAAGGUCAUCGAGAGCUACGCGUCCAAGCACUCGACCCCGAUCUCGCUCAAGCACAUGAUCAACUUUGGCAACGCCGGCCGCAACAAGGGCGAGAAGGAGGAGGCCGACAAGCUGAUCAAGGGCGGCAACUUUCUUCGGACAGAGCUGCCGACGCGGUUGAGCCACAGGCUGCGCGACCUCCAGGAGCUCCCGUACGCCGUCGCGUCGCACCCACGGCUCCAGCACGUGUACGACCUGUACCUCGAGGCGUUCGAGGGCAUCCGCAAGCAGCCCCCGAUCACCGACCUCGACGCCAACGACCGCUUCUGCCAGUUCAUGACCGAGACGCUCGACAAGCACCGCGUCAUCAUCCCCGAGAUGGCCAUCGGCGUGUCCGAGACGUCGCCCAUGCACCUCCCUGCCGCCGCCCUCGACCGCAUCAUGCUGCGCAUGCUGCGCUCGCGCAUCUCGCGCCGCGUCAUCACCGAGCAGCACAUUGCCCUCACGCAGCAGUUCCGCGACCGGCAGCAGCGCAGCGCCAAGGGCAAAGGGCGCGCCGUCGUCGACGACGAUGACGCCGAGGCGGCACGGCACGUCGGCAUCGUCGACACGAGGCUCAACGCGCGCGACGUCGUGCAGCUGUGUCGCGGCGUCAUGAAGGAGCUUGGCGGCCCGGCGGCCCACGUGCCCAUCGUCAUCGAGGGUCACACGGACCAGACGUUCGCCUACAUCUCGGAACACCUCGAGUUCAUGAUCUUUGAGCUCAUCAAGGGCGCCGCGCACGCGACCGUCGCCGCACACGGUGCGGCCGCCGCCGGGUCGCACCCGAUCCUCGUCACGCUCGCGCACAACAAGCGCGAGCUCAUGGUGCGCGUGUCGGACCAGGGCGGCGGCAUCGCGCCGUACGGCGGCCUCCCGCCCGACCCGGCCGACCUCCAGCAGCAGCUCGGCCCGCUCCUCUCGAGCGGCGGCGCGUCCUCGAGCGGCAGCGGCACCACGUCGUCGGGCCUCGUCGCUGCUCCGCUCUCGGCGCAGCGCCUCGACAUCUUUUCCUUCUCGCACAUGCGCCGGUUCUACCAGCACCAGCACCGUCUCGGCGCGGCGGCGGCGGACCCGGCCGCUGCUGCACUCGCGCUCGACGCGGCGCCGGCGCCGACGCCGCCGUUAAGCGCGGGCGACGCGCCGCUCGACCCGACGGCGACGGGCAUCAUGGCGCUACGGAGCGUCGGCGAGCUUGCGGGCACGGUCAAGGAGCAGCUCGAGCGGCACCAGGCGCAGCAGCAGCUCGGGCUCGCCGACGAGGACGCGCCUCGCUCCCCCUCCUCCUCUAGCCCCUCCUCGGCGGCGGCCGCGGCGGCGGGCACGUCGAGCGCGACGCCAGGCCAGGCGCAGCUCGACGCCCAGCUGCAGAACGGCCUCGCGCUCGACGCCCAGCUGCGCAGCGGGAUCGGCCUCCCGCUCGCGCGCAUGUACGCAGAGUACUUUGGCGGCGGCUUGAGCAUCUUUACGUGCCAGGGCCACGGCAGUGACGCGUUCCUCCAGGUGCCAAAGUUUGGGAUCGAGGGCGCGGUCCCGAUGCAUGGCGUGUAGCUGGGCUUGGGCCCUUUUUCGUCGUCCCUCUCUCUCUCCCCCUCUCGC